AUGGGCGCCAAGCAGAGCAAGGGGUGCGCGGCGGCGGCGGCGGGGGGCGGCGGCGGGGCCAGCCCCCCGGGGGUCCCCUGCCCCCGCCGCAGGGCGGCCCCCCGGGAGCGCGGGGGGGAGCUGCUGGCGUCGCUGGUGGCGCGGCCGGGCGAGAAGUUCGCCAAGGGCGGCGGCCUCCCGCCCUACCGCCGCCGCAUCGGCAUGAUCCAGGACAUGCUGCGCCUCCUCCAGCAGGGCCGCCACGACGAGGCCACCGACCUGCUCAAGCACCUGCGCCAGGAUUUGGGGAUGGAGUCCACUUCUCUGGAUGAUGUCCUCUACCGCUAUGCCAGCUUCAGGAACCUAGUAGAUCCUAUCACGCAUGACCUAAUCAUCAGCCUCGCCAGAUAUAUACAUUGCCCCAAAACAGAGGCGGAUUCGCUUGGGGCCAUGGAGAAGCUCUGCAGGCAGCUGACCUACCACCUCAGCCCCCACUCGCAAUGGCGGCGCCAGGGCAUCGUGAAGAGGAAACCACAGGCCUGCUUGAAAGCGAUCCUGGUGGGGAAUCCGCGAGACAACACACUGGACCUGUCCGGCAUCCCUCUGACGCUAAAGGAGCUGGACCGGAUCAUCCCCUACUUGCAGAAUAGCGCGGAGCACAUCGAGAACGUGGAGCUCUGCUUCACCGAGCUGACGGACGAGAUGUUCCUCCAGCUCUUGCCGGUGCUCAGUGGCCUGCCGCACCUCAUGACUCUCUCCCUCAACGGCAACAGGCUCACAAAGGCCAUCCUCCGGGACCUGACGGAAGCCGUGAAGGACCCCAAGAAUUUCCCCAGCAUGACUUGGAUUGACCUGGGAAACAACGUGGACAUUUUCUCCUUGCCGCAGCCUUUCCUAGUCAGCCUUAAGAAACGCUGCCCCAAGCAAGGCAACCUGCCGACCAUUCUUGAGUUUGGUGAGGGUCAGGUGAGUGACCUGGAAAGCCAGGAAACCCCGGCGGAGAGCCAAGAUUAUCCAUGCUCAGAGGAUGAGGAGAGAGACGAUCGGAUGGACGACGCAAGGCCCAGGCAGGUACGGACAUGUGAGGUGAUUGAGGUUCGGCUGCUGCCGAGUGACUCCCCGGCUCCAGAGGAGGCCGUUCCUGUAACGGUUCAGACAUGA